UAUAAUAAAUAAUUCCUUAUAGAAUGUCGAGCCCUGGAGGGGAGCAACAGCGCUACUUCUGUCAUCAAUGUAACACAACGUGUAUCCCGCAACCUCCUGAGUUCCUAUGUCCUUCAUGCAAUGAAGGAUUCAUUGAGCCAGUAGUAACACCUCCGCCACUAUCUAGACCUCCUAUGGGAAUGUUCCCUAGACUUCCAGAGGAUAUAGAAAUGGGAGCAGUAGGUGGAAAUGCUGAUCUGGGUCUCAGGACCUCAAUAGAUACGUUUAGCAGAGGUCACAUGCAACGUCACAUGGAGGCGCUUCAUCUCAACGACUUGCGGUCCUUGUUUCAGGGUUUCACUCCUCCUGCCACAUCUGCUUCAGGUGAGAGAAUGAGAGUUUCCCCGCCAACUUUAAGCAGUGGCUCCAACUCUAGUUCCUCUAACAGUGGGGCCACCCCUAACAGUGGCACCCUGCCCACUAGUGGCACCAUGCCCACAAGUGGCACCAUGCCUAGCAGUGGCACAGUGCCUAGCAGUGGCCCAACACCAAUUAGGGUUGGAGGACAUUCUCAUCGUAUCCAUACAUCCAAUGUUAGUCCCCAUUCAGCGGGUGUGCCACCUCCUGAACUCUUCCCGGGAAUGGGACCUGGCGGAACCAGCAGAUUCAGGUUUGUACUAGGGGAUAGUCUGAACGCUGACGGGAACACAGACGUCCCUACACUGUUCAGUAUGAUAAUGUCCGGGCUGAGUGGAGAUCCACAGCCUAUGGUUGGUAAUCCUGGUGACUAUGCAUGGGGACCAACUGGGCUUGACAAUAUCAUCUCUCAACUGAUCGGACAACUAGAUGGGUCCGGGCCACCCCCUGCACAGGAGCAAACCAUUGACUCACUGCCUGAGGUGUAUGUACCCAAAAAACACAUAGAAAAUAAGCUUGACUGUACAGUGUGUCAGGAAUAUUUUACUGAGGAUAUGAAGGUCAAAGAGCUACCAUGUAACCAUUACUUCCACAUUGACUGUAUAGUACCGUGGUUGAAGCUCCACAAUUCUUGUCCCAUCUGCCGAAUCUCAAUAGACGGACAGCAGGAUGCCUCCAUGGAGGACGUUUCCAUGGUGAACCUGUCUGGGGAGGGAGACAGUCUGCCUGAUCUGGAGGACCAUUCUGCUAACUCUGCGGCGGAGACGAAUCAGCCGACACCUCCUCUACCCACCAGUCAAUCUCAAACUAUACACGAGGAUGAUUUGGACUGAAAUUGUGCAAAAUAGAGAAAGUUUUGAUGAGUGUGGAUAUAAAGAUCAGAAUUUUGUACAGAGAAAGAAUCGUAAAAAAUUCCGAAAUUUGUAAAUUUGAU